GCUGUACUUCAGUUUCUCACUUCCACGAUUUCACUUUCAACUCCCUACCAGACCCACUCCAAAAACCGUUUUAUUUUUUUCUUAGCCCCGCUUUUCAUUGCACCACACGCGCACUCUUCUCUCUCCCUCUCUUCUCACCGCCAUGACACGACUCAGGAAACUCGGCACCGUCACUGCCACCGCCAUCGCCGCCGCGUACGGCGGGGCUGUCGUGCUGCAUGAUCCUCUAAUAUCUGCCAGCGACUACGGAGGUAAUUCCCGGCUCGAAGCCCUUCGAAAGAAGGUGCACGAGCCCGGCGCCGUCGUGCCGGCCAGGGAAGCGCAGCAGUCGGCGCUCGCAAGCGCCAGCAAGUCUAAUCCGCUCGAUGUUCUUGUCAUCGGGGGCGGAGCUACCGGUUCCGGCGCUGCUCUCGACGCCGUAACCCGAGGACUCCGUGUCGGGCUGGUGGAGCGGGAGGAUUUCGCUGCCGGAACUUCGUCUCGGUCCACAAAGCUCCUUCAUGGAGGUGUUCGGUACCUGGAGAAAGCUGUCUUUAACCUUGACUAUGGGCAAUUCAAGUUAGUGCUUCAUGCACUUGAAGAACGGAAACAGGUUAUUGACAAUGCACCACACCUAUGUCAUGCAUUGCCAUGCAUGACUCCAUGUUUUAGCUGGUUUGAAGUAGUGUACUACUGGAUCGGCUUGAAAAUGUAUGAUUUGGUCGCAGGAAGACAACUGUUGCACAUAUCAAGAUAUUAUUCUACAGAAGAGUCUGUUGAUCUCUUUCCCACUCUGGCAAGGAAGGUAAAUGAUAGAACUCUAAGGGGCACCGUUGUUUAUUAUGAUGGGCAGAUGAAUGAUGCACGGCUUAACGUUGGAUUGGCUUGCACUGCUGCUUUAGCUGGUGCAGCAGUGCUGAACCAUGCUGAAGUUGUAUCCUUACUGAAGGAUGAUGAUGGAAAACGGAUAAUUGGUGCACGGAUUCGAGACAGUUUAACUGGCAAUGAGUUUGAUACAUAUGCAAAAGUAGUUGUGAAUGCGAGUGGACCAUUUUGUGACUCUAUAAGGAAAAUGGCCAACAAAAAUGCACAGCAAAUGAUUUCUCCCAGCAGUGGGGUGCACAUUAUACUCCCUGAUUAUUAUUCUCCUGAAGGAAUGGGCUUAAUUGUCCCUAAAACUAAGGAUGGACGUGUUGUUUUUAUGUUGCCGUGGCUGGGAAGAACAGUUGCUGGAACUACAGAUUCUAAUACUGGCAUUACUUUUCUUCCAGAACCACACGAAGAUGAAAUACAAUUUAUAUUGGAUGCCAUCUCCGGUUACCUUAGUGUUAAAGUACGCCGCAGUGAUGUUCUUUCUGCUUGGAGCGGCAUUCGCCCCUUAGCAAUGGACCCAACGGCCAAAAAUACCGAGAGUAUCUCAAGGGAUCAUGUUGUAUGCGAGGAUUACCCUGGUUUGGUCACCAUCACUGGUGGCAAGUGGACUACCUACCGGAGUAUGGCAGAAGAUGCUGUUAAUGCUGCUAUUAAGUCUGGAAAGCUUUCCCCCACCAGUGAAUGUGUGACUCACAAUCUCCGUCUUGUUGGGGGUGAAGGGUGGGAGCGUUCAUCUUUUACAGUUCUUGCUCAACAGUAUACACGCAUGAAAAGUUCAUACAGUGGUAAAGUUGUUCGUGGGGUAAUGGAUUCUGCUGCUGCAAGACACUUGUCUCAUGCAUAUGGAACAUUGGCUGAGCGUGUGGCUGCCAUUGCUCAGAAUGAAAGUUUAGGUAAACGACUUGCCCACGGUUACCCUUAUCUGGAGGCAGAAGUGGCCUACUGUGCUCGUAAUGAGUAUUGUGAAUCUGCCAUUGAUUUCAUUGCAAGGAGGACUCGUCUUGCUUUCCUUGAAACUGAUGCAGCACAAAAAGCCUUGCCUCGUGUGAUUGAGAUCUUGGCAAAGGAGCACAAGUGGAACGAUGCAAAGCAGAAGGAAGAGUUGGAGAAGGCUACAGAAUUUUUGAAGACUUUUAAAUCCUCCAGAAAUGCUAAGUUCCAUGAUGGAAAACACUGUUAGCUUUCUACUUCUGCCAAAGUCAUCGAUCAAAUUAAGGAAUCAAGGCCUUUAGUUUACUUUUACCAAUCAUCUUUGUAUUUUGGUUUUUGAUAUUUAUUUCUUCUUUUGAUAUUGUGGGUUAUACAGAAUACAAUUCACUUAACUGAAGCAGUUUCGGUCUAAAGUUGACGUUUUAUUGAAACUAAAUGAAAUGAAUA